AUGACCGAGGUGGCGUUCGCUGUGCGUCUGCUGGGCGACGCGAGCGCGCGCGUCGUGUGUCUGCUGGGCAGCGCGCCGGAGCUCGGCGCCUGGGACGUGGAGAAGGCCGUGCCCAUGGAGCUCGUGGGCCAGCGGGAGGGCGAGAGCUCGUGGCGCGCGUCGUUCGUGUUCGCUGCGACCACCAGCACGCUCGAGUACAAGUACGUGGUCAAGCACCAGCAGACGCGCGAGCUCGAGUCGUGGGAGGGACUGCCAGGCAACCGGACACUCACGAUCACGCGGGGCACCAACGUGGCGCUUGGCGCUACUUCCAACCAGAGUUCGACCUACACGACGACGCGUGCCCCGGCGCCGGGCCCGCGCGAGGCCAAACUGGGCAACAACGGCAGCACCAACGGCUUCCAGGAGUGGCGCUGCUGCCGCACCAACAAGGAGGCCAACCCGUGGUGGGAAGUAGAUCUGGGCAGGGAUUACGCCAUCUCUAGCGUCCACGUGUGGAACGCCAUGACGUACCAUGAGCAGGCGAGGCACCCGGACGGUCGCCCGCCCAUGACGUCCAAGGCGUCGACGUCUGCCCCCGCUCCUCCGCUCUGGGUGUUCGUCUCCAAGCAGCCAUUGGGUCGAGAGGCGGGGUCGUUCCAAGACGCACAAGCCAAGGCCUCGAGUGAUGCGUCUGCUGUGCGGGCGAUUGAAGUGCAGGGCGCCUUUGACAGCCGCGUGCGAUCGCUGGACUUGGAGGCUGGAGAGGUUGUCGCGGGACGCUACGUGCGUCUGCAGUACGCUGGCGCGUCUGCGUGCUCGCUGCAGUUCGCGGAGCUGGAGAUUUUCACGCAAGAUGACGCGGCCACAGUCGCUGGCAAGAACACGCCGCAGAAAACGACCUCGUGCCUCAAACGCGACGAUGGUUUCUACGGUGUCCCCAGCGCGCUUGAUGCCGAUAUUCAGCAACAGGUCGAGAGCGGGUGGCUGAACCCCGCCGCUAAGAUGGCGGAGCUGGAACUGUGGAUCGGAAGCUUUGACUCUACCAGGCCGGCGAUCCAGUGGGUUAACAAGGAACCUGAGCAGAACCGAGUGGCGAUUGAAAUGCGCCAUGAGAGGCAAACGAAUGGACACAACCAAGCGGAGCCAAAUGGGAACAAGAGCACCGCAGUUGAAUGGGAAUCGCUCCCAGUUGAGUCGAAGAGUGCUGCAUUGUUGGACAAGGAGUCGACUGAGCUGCGCCAGCUCCUGGAAGUGCACCAACAGCAAGCUGGGACUGACAUUUCUGCCUAUCUGAACAAUGAUCCCAACCGGCCUACGACCCAACCAUCAUCGGCGGUGUCGUGGGUGUCAAGGUUGGCAUUUGCCCAGUCUUUGGAAGCGUCCGACGUUGAGCUUCUAGCUGGAAAGGUUGCCACGCGCAAGUACUCGCAGGGCGAGACCAUCCUCAAUUACGCGGAGCAGAAGCGCGCUGUCUGCUACGUUGAAUCAGGUGACGUCGAGCUACUGGGUCCGGCAUCCUCCACAGGAUCGAAUGUCGUUGGAACGCUGGGCAAGGGCACGUUCUUUAACGAGAUGGGGCUCUUUGGGCGCUGGUCUAAGCAGCCUGCGUUGUUCAAGGCGAAGACUGAUGUGGUCUUGCACGUUUUGGAACUUGACGAAAUCCUUGCUGCUCUGGGGAACGAGAAGGCGUCUUCGAUUCGGGCCGACUACAUUCGAGCAAUACACAAGGCACUCUAUUUCUCAGCAGCGGAGGCUUCGUCCACGGUGCACUUCAUGGACAACACACACGCUCAGGUAUUCCGUGUCAAAGUACCCGCCGCCGUUGUGGACGGAAGUUGGAACCCGAGCAACGGGCUCUCACAUCGGUGGCCGUUGGAUAUCUACAGCUACCAGAGCGACGCGGAGUCCAAGAUGGAGCUGUUAGGUUCGGCAUACCUGCUCCCGUCUCAAAUUGGUAAGCAUGGGGAAGCGGAGCUGACAGUUCCGAUCUUCCAUUCAGCAAUGGGAUUGGUUGGGCAGCUCACGCUGUCAUACCUAGUGCUGACGCCCUUCUCCCACCCCAAGAACAACAUCGCGAACGUGUGGCGCUCCUACUGGCGGGAACGUCUGCCUCUCACCAUCGGUCAUCGAGGCAUGGGGCGGUCUUACUACCAAGUGGACGGAUACCGCCUUGCGCUAACGCGAGAGAACACUUUGGCAUCGUUCAUUCUCGCUGGACGGAGCGGUGCAGACUUUGUCGAGUUCGACGUGCAGCUCACGAAAGAUCGCGUGCCAGUGAUCUACCACGACUUCAUGGUGAACGUCGGUCUGGAAGACAAGGGCGCGCAGGCUUUCGGCACCAAGUCCGAGACGUACGAGAUCGGCAUCCACGACAUGUCCCUCCGCCAGCUCACGCAGUCGCAUACGACCCCGGUACCGCACAAGGGCGGCAAGAGCCAGGAAUUCCAGAAGCGCGUGAAGAAACACUGGACGCGUCUCCAAGGAGACAAGCAGCUCCCUUCACCAAGACGGGCGCUCGUCGCAAACGACGACGACGUUAACGAGGAAGGCCACCUCGUGGAUUUCUUCCCUCGUCUGGAAGACCUGCUCAAGCACGUGCCAGCGGAAGUCGGCCUCAACAUCGAGAUCAAGUACCCCGACAACUUUUUCCGCCCAGGCAUGCGCAAUCUGAGCUGCUUCGCCAUCAACGCCUACCUGGAUAAGGUCCUCCAGUGCGUGUUCGACUACGCCGGCUCGCGUCGCAUCUUCUUCUCGUGCUUCGACCCGAGCGUGUGCAUCGCAUUGCGCGCCAAGCAGACCAAGUACCCCGUGCUGUUCCUGACCUACGGGUCCAUGGCUCCGCACGCGAUGGACGCGCGGAUGACGCUGCAGUUCGCGACCAACUUCGCCAAGAUGGAGAAGCUGCAGGGCAUCGUGUCCAACUCCAACUCGUUCAUCGAAACGCCCGAGCUCGCGCCGCUCGUCAAGAAGGCCCUGGGCACUGUGCUCAUCACGUGGGGCGACCAGAACACCAACCACGAAAUGGUGCAGCUUCAGAAGCGCCACGCAAUCGACGGCGUUAUCAGCGAUAACGUCAUCGACCUCAUCAACCAGGACAAGAAGCUGCGGGCGCUGGCCAAGUAG